AUGGAAGAAGAUUUGAAAAAGCUCACACAAAUAGAACAAAUAGUUGAAAAGAAUAAAAAAUUAUUAGAGUUUAUAAGUAGUCUAUAAUUCUAUGAUAUAUAACUAUUUUAUGCAGUGAAAAUGAUUGAUAUAAAUCUUAAAAUAGCUUUUUAAAAUUUGGAGAAAGCAGUGAUAUUAUUUUAAAAUACAUCAGCUAUACUUUAUAGUAGGAUUACAAAAUAAAUUAGAAUAAAUUCAAAAAGUGUUCGAUCUUAAAUAAAAUUUGCUUAUAAUUUUUGGUGGAGUGAAUAAUUAUUUAGGUUUACAAUUAAGAAACUUAUUUUUAUAUUAAUUGAAUUUAGCUAUAUGAUUAUAAUGUAUAAUUAAGAAAAAUUGUUUUAUUAUUGGCUUUCGAGAGGAGAUCUAUUUAAUCAAUAAAGAAUUUAAUUCUUCAACAAUUAAGAAUUUUAAAGUAUCAUUUUUUAGAAUAAUUAUUUUUCUUAGGUAUUUAGAAGUAUGGUAUAUCCUACUGAAAGUUGGGAUUUUCUCUAAGAAUUUGAAUCAGUAAAUGAAUGGUAAGAGUUUUUUGAUUCACAUUUCCUUAGAUAUUUGAAAAUAGAGAUUAUUGAUUUUCAUCAAGCAGAAUAUCAUUGUACUUUGACUUAAUUGAGGUAAUUAGAUUAUGCUUAAAUAUUUAGAAUUUUUAGAUAAACAUUCAUUGGAGAUCUAAUAUAAUUUCAUUCAAGAUAUUAAUUGUAAUUACCGAAAAUAGAACUAAUAAAGGAAGUAAUGAAAUAACCAAAAAGAAUAAAAAAUCUAUGUAAUUAGAUAAUGAAUAAAUAUGGAAACUCCAACAAAUCUACACACAGUUAUUUAGAUUAUAUAUUUGAUUUAUCAUAGUCAAGUUAGAUGAACUCCAAAAUUUAGAUCAAUAUUUGUAAUUCCUUUCGAAUCUAAUCAAUCAUUAUAUAAGGUGGCUGCAUAAAACAUAGUUAUUUUAUCUCAUAAGCUUUCAUUAUUAAAGUUAUUAAAGGAAUAAUUAUAAUCUAUUUUUAAAACUAAGUUGAAAAAGAGAAGUAAAAUCAAAAAUAUAUUGAUUAUAUUAAUAAUUAUUAUUAAAACUCUAAUAAUAGCGUAAUAUUUAUAAUAAUUUAGAUGAAUUGAUAAAGCAGCUGAAUAGUUAUACUAAUUUUGUAUAUUAAUCUUAUUUAUUUUUUAUGUUGGAUUCUAAUUAUCAAAUCAUGUUAAAUUAGGAACAACAGAAAUUAAUAGAUAUUAAUUCAAAACAAAAAGAGUAUUCCAGAUACUAUUUCUGUGUGUCCAAUUUUUGUGAAUGGUAGUAAAAGAUUAAUGAUAAAAAUGGUCAUCAUGUAAAUAAAAAGUAAAUGAUAAUAAUAAGAAAAAGAGGAAUUUUGUUAUUUGAUUUAUAUUUUACUAUUUAGUUAAAAUAUUUAAUUCAUAAAAUAAUUAAUGUUCCCAAGUAAAUUGUAUGAUUUACAAUUAACACCUUCGCUGAAUAAGUUUAAUUCUGAUUAUGAAAGUGCAAAAUUAAUAGAGUCAUUUAAAUAACUAUUAAUUGAAGACGAUAAAGAAAUAGUCACAUCGGCUAUGGUAUUGAGCUUAAAUCAAAAAAUUAGGAUCUGAUGAAAGCAAUAUCUUAUUCUCUAUACGGUACAUGGUAUUAUUGGAAAGUGUUGAAUGAAAUUUGUAGAGGCGACGAUCUUAAUACCAUUAGUUAGUAAUUGUAGAGAAAAAUCAUAAUUUAUGAUAUUUGUGAAAUUGAAGAUUUGAAAUGUUAAGUGAUUAAUUUUGGAUAUAAGAAACGCAUUUAUUUGGCUCGAUAUUUAAAUUACUUUUAUGUAGUGGAUAAAAAGGGUACAUCUGAAAAACAUAAACUUGUUAAAGAUAUAUUAAUGGAUGUUAUAAAUGAAAUAAUAGGAUUACCUAUUAGAAGACAUAAAAGAUCUUAUUCAGAUGCAUUUAAGUAUCUAUCAGAUUAGAAGGAUAAUCGAACAAAUAAAGUUAAUAUUAAAAAUGUACCAUUAUCUCCUUCAAAUAUAUCACGUACAAGUUUAUAAAUGCAAUUAUUGGAUGAAAUUAAUUAAGAGAGCGAUCUAUUAUUGAAAGAAUGCGAUUCUUUAAUUAAUUCCCCAAGUCCUUAGAAUGAUCUAUUGCAAUCUCUCAAUUUAAAUUUAUAAGAAGGAACAAAUAUAUUAUCUAAUGUAAAUUAUAUUAUUAAAGUCAUGUUUAGAUAAGAUAUUUUGGAACAUUAAAAUUUUAUGAUGAAGCAAGAUCUUAUGGAUUCAUAAUAAUGGAUAUGGAUGGAAGUGAUUUAUUUGUUCAUAGUGAUGAUUUAACUAAAGCUGGUAUGAGUAAGGAUUUCUUAAGAACAGCUAAACAUGGAAAUAUUAUAAGAUUUUCAUUUCUUAUUCUUGAAUACUUUGGAAAAUAUAAUAAAAGUAGAAAAGCUGUUGACUUAUAGUUUAUUUAAGGUCAACCUUAUUUCAUGUGA